UACAACAAUAACGAUAACAAUUCAAUUAACAACAACAACAAACAGCAGCGGAGCUCGCAACAACAGCAACAACAACAGCCGGCGGUGUGGCUGUGGUGUCGCCAAUUGUGGCCUUAAGCAUGUAGUCGCAGUUGAGCAACAAAAGCGGGCGGUCUAAGUAGCACAAGUCGAACCCCUCAGCGCAGGAGGUUCCACAAGGCAUAACCAAUAAAAUAUAUACACACACCCACACAAACAAAGAGAAACAACACACAAAUGAAAAAUGUCACAAAGAGGUAAGCGCGGUAAUCAGCAGCAGCAGCAGCAGCAACAGCUGCAGCAGCAGCCGCCGCAACAGCAGCAGCGACAAGACGUUGAGCCGCAGCCGCCGCCCACAAAGCGACGAAAAGGACGGCCGCCCAAUGGAGCGCCGGCGACAGCAACAGCGUCAUCAACAGCAGCAACAGCGACAACAUCAACGACAGCAGUUGCUGCUGCUGCAGCAACAGUUGCUGUCAGCGACCAACAGUCAAUAUCGAAGCUGCCGAGCAAGGCUAAAUCGGCCAGCAAAAGUAAAGCGCAAAGCAACAGCAACAACAAUAAUAGCAAUAGCAACAACAACAGCAACAACAAUAACAGCAGCAACACCUGGCAAGCGCGCUCCGUGGCCGAUAUCAAAAUGUCGAGCAUCUACAAUCGAAGCUCAACCGAAGCGCCAGCUGAACUGUAUCGCAAGGAUCUCAUUAGCGCAAUGAAAUUGCCAGACUCAGAGCCAUUGGCCAACUCCGAGUAUCUGAUUGUAACUGAUCAAUGGAAACAGGAAUGGGAGAAGGGCGUACAGGUGCCCGUCAAUCCCGAUUCGCUGCCCGAGCCGUGUGUCUAUGUGCUGUCCGACCCAAUUGUAUCGCCAGCGCAUGACUUUAAACUUCCAAAAAAUCGUUUCCUGCGCAUCACCAAAGAUGAACAUUACUCGCCGGACCUGCAUUGUCUGACGAAUGUUGUUGCACUGGCGGAGAACACAUGUGCCUAUGACAUCGAUCCCAUCGAUGAGGCUUGGCUGCGAUUAUAUAAUGCCGAUCGAGCACAAUGCGGAGCAUUUCCCAUUAACGAAACGCAGUUCGAGCGGGUCAUCGAGGAUCUGGAGGUUCGCUGCUGGGAGCAAAUCCAGGUCAUACUUAAGAAGGAGGAGGGUCUGGGCAUUGAGUUUGAUGAAAAUGUUAUAUGUGAUGUUUGUCGCUCGCCCGACUCCGAGGAGGCCAACGAAAUGGUAUUCUGUGAUAAUUGCAACAUCUGUGUGCAUCAGGCUUGUUACGGCAUUACAGCGAUUCCAUCAGGCCAGUGGCUCUGUCGCACUUGUUCGAUGGGCAUUAAGCCAGAGUGUGUGCUUUGUCCCAACAAGGGAGGCGCCAUGAAAUCUAAUAAAUCGGGAAAGCAUUGGGCGCAUGUCUCUUGCGCCUUAUGGAUACCAGAAGUUAGCAUUGGCUGUGUCGAUCGAAUGGAGCCGAUAACGAAAAUCUCAAGCAUUCCUCAAAGUCGUUGGGCAUUGAUCUGUGUGCUUUGUCGCGAGCGUGUGGGCAGCUGUAUACAGUGCUCGGUGAAGACGUGCAAGACGGCUUACCAUGUCACCUGUGCGUUUCAGCACGGGCUCGAGAUGCGCGCCAUUAUCGAGGAGGGGAAUGCCGAGGAUGGUGUGAAGCUGCGCUCCUACUGUCAAAAGCAUAGCAUGAGCAAGGGCAAAAAGGAGGGUGCGCACGCAUCGCAUACAUCCGCAUCCAGUUGCAUGCAAAAGCAUAACAACAAAUUCUCGUCGAGCAGUGGGCAUGCUGGCGAGGAGGGGCAAACAGCAGGUGCCAAAGGCGAAGAUCACCGAAGACGCAAAAACCAUCAUCGCAAGAACGAUAUGACCUCAGAAGAGCGCAACCAGGCGCGUGCGCAAAGAUUACAGGAGGUCGAAGCGGAGUUUGAUAAACACGUGAAUAUCAAUGAUAUUAGUUAUCACUUGUACGAUGUGGAUGAGGACGCCAUUGAGGCCAUUUAUAAUUACUGGAAACUGAAGCGCAAGUCACGACAUAAUCGUGAGUUGAUUCCACCUAAAUCGGAGGAUGUGGAGAUGCUCGCACGCAAGCAGGAGCAACAGGAUCUCGAGAAUCAUAAAUUGGUUGUACACUUACGCCAGGACUUGGAGCGCGUGCGUAAUCUUUGUUAUAUGGUCAGUCGACGUGAGAAGCUGUCGCGUUCGCUGUUCAAGCUGCGCGAGCARGUGUUCUACAAGCAGCUCGCYGUGCUGGAUGAUGCAGUUGUGCAGCGGCAGCAGCAGCAGCAGUCGGGYGCAACGGACAACAGCAAGGAGCAGCCCGCAUUGGACACAGAUGCCAUACUCUAUGCAAACGAUGGACCCACUCUCUACGAUCGGUUCUACAGCUCGGAUCAGCUAACUGUGCCGGCACAGUAUCAGAGCUUGGAAUAUAUAUUGGAGCAGCUAAAGGGUAAGAAGCAGGCACGUGGACGCGCCUCUCAAUCGCCCAACAAGCGCAAACAGCAGGCGGCGGCUAGCAAGGGCUCGCCCAAAAAGAAACUCAACAAUGGUGCAAUAACUACAACAACAACAACAACAACAACAAACACAACAACAGCAACAUCAACAUCAGCAUCUGCAACAGCAGCUGGAACAAUGGCUAACAAAGCACCCAAGUCACGUGGCUCGCCAAGGGCGCCUACAACGGCGUCUUCGGCGGUGCCGUGUGCGGGGAGGCGUGCCUCAAAGAGCGGCCCGGCAACGACGGCGACGUCGAGCCAUCAACAACAACAGCAAACGCAGCAGCAGCAACAGCAUAAAUUGUCUAAAUCCUCGAAUGCUAUUGGCCGCGCGUCCGCCCCAACGAUUAGCGGCAGCUCGUCAUCGGCUGAUUCCAGCUCGGCGCACGGCAGCAGCAGCAGCAGCGCCAGCAGUAGCAACAGCAGCUCCGACUCCAGCAGCGAAAGCGAUUCAGGCAAUGAGAGCCACAGCUAUCGCAGCUAUCGCAGUAAAGCCCAGCCAGGAGGAGGUACAGCCACUGCCACAGGCACAUCAACAGCGGGAGCAGCCAAGCCCGCGCGUAAGCAAUCCUAUGCGCGCAGCGUUGAGCAGCGCAAGAAGCAGCGACAGCGGCGUCAGAGUGAGGCAGCUGCGUGUGCGUCUGCUGCGUCUGCCAAUGCACGCAGUAGCUGCAGCAGCAGCAGCAGCAGCAGUAGAAGCAGGAGCAGGAGCAGCAGUUCCUCCAGCGACGACAACGAUGAGCGGACGCAGCGUGUCAAGCGUGUCCACAAGUCAACAACAGCCACAGCCACAGCCACAGCAACCGCAACAGUACCUGCCAAAAGUCAAGCAACUAAGUCAAAGCAAAGCACAACUGCAACGAGCACAGCUCGACGAAAACUGUCCAGUAGUGGAGCAGCAGCAGCAGCUGCAGCAGCCGCCGCCACAGCCUCAUCAUCUACAGCGCCCACAGCGACGCGCGGCCUUGCUCAGAUGGACAAGGAAAUGCGGCAGCAGGACCCCAACAGUUUGUCCAGCGAUGAAAGUGAGGAGCUGCUGCCUGUGAAGCUAGGCGAGCGACACGGGCGGACUCACAAUGCGAGCACAGCGAACUCAAACUCCACUCCAGCUUUGGCCGGAGCAACGGCGACAACAGCACUGCGCAAGCCGGGCCAGCACAUCUACUCCGAUUCGGAUAGCUCGACGACAACGACGCCGGAGCGUGAGGUGCCCAAGCGGCUGGAGGAGGAGGAGCAGGCGGCAGCCGAGAGCAAUGUGAGCGAUUCACAAAAUCAGCAAACGAUACGCACCAAGGCCGCCAUGAAGGAGUUUGUGCCAGGCACWACGGCAGCGACAGCGACAGCGACAACUGGCGCAACAACAACAACUGCAGUAACAACGACAAGCAAAUCAAAGGCCAACAAAUCGAAAGCCAAUGCACCCGUCUUUCCGCCCGUGGAUCUACUGGUGGUUCCUCAACGGCAGGCGGCCAAGAAGGCAAGCGAAAAUAUGCGCAUCUCCACGAAUCUCGCCACUGCGCUGCUGCCCGAUGCCAACGAGCGAUUGAGGGAGCCGGAGCCAGGCAGCAGCAGCGCUGGAGUAAGCGCGUCCAAUGCCACCAGCAGCAGCAGUAGCAGCUCGAAGAGCAAGGCCAAGGAGGCAGCCAACCGCGUGCUCGAGGCGGAUAAAGCGCGACCGAAGGAGCUGCAGAAGACGACGGGCAAGGCGGCGGGCGAGACGACGGCGGAGCGUGGCAAGCGGGGCCGACCGCCCAAGCAGCAAAAGGAAAAGGAAAAAGAGAAGGAGAAAGAGAAAGAGAAGGAGAAAGAGAAGGAGAAAGAUAAGGAGAAGGAAAAGGAAAAGGAAAAGGAAAAGGAAAAAGAAAAGGAGAAGGAGAAGGAAAAGCCAGCACCCAAGAACAAUGAGCUGGCCAAGCUGGGCAACUUUGCCGUCUCGUAUGUGCCACAGCGACAGGCCGCCAAGAAGGCAGCCGAACAGCUGAAGAGCAGCGGCGCAGCGUUGGUGAAAUCAAGCCAAGAGUCGAGCACAAGUGCUGCCAAUGAGGAGCUGGCGACAGGAGCGAGUGCAGGAGCAGCAGCGACAACAUCAAACACGUCGCCCCUCAAGUCCGCCAAACAGCAGCAGCAGCAGCAGACGACGCCAGUGCGUCGCAACUCGCUGUUGAAGGAGACGCCACGACGGCGCUCCAAGGAGGAGGUUGCACCAGCGCCUGUCAAGCGACGCAUUGCACCGCCUAAUCUGUCCAGCACCAGCUCGGGUGAUAGCAACAGCAGCAGCAGCAACUCCUCCAGCAGCAACAGCGACAGCAGCAGCAGCGGCAGCGGCAGCGAUUCGGACAGCGACAGCGAGCCGCCAGUCCAGGAGAAGCGCAAGCCGCCAGCUGCAGCAGCAGCGGCGGCAACAACCACAGCUGCUGCCUCAACCUCUGCAUCCGCAUCCAACUCUGUUUCCACCUCCGCAUCAGCCUCCACUUCCACCUCCGCCUCCGCCUCUAGCUCAAUUGUGCCAAAGCGUUCGCCGCGCAAGUCGCUGGACAAGCCCGCUCCGGCUCCAGCUGCAGCUCCAUCUGCACCUCUGUCCAGUCGAACGCGCCAGAAUUCCACAAAUAAAUCGCCAAAGAGAACGCCGCAAAAGUCGCAAGCGCCGGAGCCAAAUGCCACGCCCAAAUCGUCGCAGCGGCGCAAAUCCUCGUUGGACGAUCUAAGCAAGCAGACGCCGCCGGAGGUGAGUAAACGUGCCACACGCAAUUCCAAGUCGCGUCCGCCCUCACCUGCCGUGGUCAGCCAAGCGAAGGCCAGUCCGGAGAAGCCAAUUGCUUCCCGACGCAAGUCUCGUGCGGAAUCGCCGAAGAAGACGCCGCCCAACCUGGAGCAUGAGAUUGCGCAGCGUAAGGCGGCGACGGGUCGGACGACGAGUGCACUGGAUAAGCUGCUCGACAAGAAGCAGCAACAGCUGAACAAUGCCACGCCAACGCCGACGCCCACAGCAACGCCUACCACAACACCGACGCCUCCAGCCAAGCAAAGAGCGCCGAGUCCCGAGGCGGAAACUCAGCGGCCAUCCACUGCGCAGCAGGAGUCGGGCGAACAGCCCAUGGACAUUGACGAGGAGCUAACCACGGCGCCCACCCACACCCAGCUCUCGGCCAACGCCAGCAAACUGGCGGAGCUCUCGGCGGCGGACAUCGAUGAACGGCCGCCGGCAGCUCCGUUGCCCGCCUCGCCCACACCCACGCCCUCGAACGAUGAGCUCUCCGAUGAGGCGGGCAGCGAUCAGAGCGAGCGCCGUCGCAGCCAUACCUGGCGCUCGCGCCGCAGACGCCGGCGCACGCGCGACGAGGACGACGAGGAGCAGCACACGCAUCACACGCAGCAUCUGCUCAACGAGAUGGAAAAUCUGCGCGAGCUGGAGGAGGAGCGCAAGAAUGAGCUGAUGGUGAAUGCAAUACUCCGCAUAUACUCCGCAUCCACGUCCUCGCCUGCUGUCACGGUCAUUCCACCCGAGCCGCCAGAGAUCAUUGAGCUGGACUCGAACUCCAAUUCAGGCGAGCAGCAGCAGCAGCAGCAACAGCAACAACAACAGCAACAGCAAGCGCAGCCGCAGCAACAGCAGCAACCGCCGCAGCAGCAGCAACCGCCGCAGCAGCAGCCACAGUCGCUGCCUUUGCCGGAGGCUGUUGCCACACGCUGCGCCACUUCGGAGCUGGAUCAGCCCAUUGUGGAUACCAUUCUGGAGAUGGAGGACAGCAAGUAUACCAACAGCUUUGCCACCAAUGUGGCUAAUGUCCUGAAUCCGCCCAACUCGGGUCCCAUGAGCAGUCUGCUCGAUAGCAGCGGCCCUGGCGCCGGCAGCAAGCAAAUCUUCGAGGAGGACAGCACGCUGGCGACGCGUAAUCUCGUCGAGAAGUUGCGCAAGACGAAGCGCAAGCCAAUGCUGGACGAUUGCAAGGACUCGUUGGACCUGCUGCCGCCCACGCCAGCGAUACCCUCGGUGUUUCCCUUUCACAAUGCAGCUGAUCCUGAAGAUCUGAUCCAUGCGCAAAAGGAGCUCCAGCAGCAGCAGCAGCAGCAACAACAACAGCAGCAGCAACAGCAGCAGCAGCAGCAACAGAGUUGCCUCUUUGGCAACUCGGCGCCCAAUUCGGUGGCCAGUCAGCUGACCAUCAAGGAUUCUCCCCUGACGGCCAACAGUGGAGGCAGCUAUGCCAACAGCUUGACCAAUACGCCCAAUGCCACGCCCACCACAAAUGCGAGUGCCAACAACCUGGGCUACGGCAACGUCAACUACAGCUGCUACCUGAACAAAUCCUCGCCGCAGCUGGCGCACAAGCCGAGCAACGGCAACCAGCUGGCCACGACUCCAACUGCGACACCCACCACGCCCGUCUCAGUGGCCGCCCCACCGCCCACGCCCGACUUUGUGGAUCUGGCUGCGGCGGCUGUGAAGAACAGCCUGGGCGGCUAUGCAGCGAGUGCUGCAGGAGGCGCCUCCUCGCUGCCGACGCAGGCGAAUGCAGCCAUCAACUCGUCCAACUCGCAGUCGAACAACAAGCUGAGCGACUACGACGAGAACACGCGCAUGCAGUCGCCAUUUGGCGGGAUGCAGCGCUGGAAUGAGAACGAUUUGAUCGCAGCCAGGCGCAGCAGUUCGCCCAGCUCGGUGUCCGAGUCGAACGAUCAGCCGCCGAGCCAGCUGGCCCAGCAGCUGGACAAGAGCUACUUCAACAGCUAUGCUGCGGCGGCGGUCAGUGCGCCGGCUGGAGCCGGAGCCGUAGCUGGAGCCGGACCAACGGUUAAUCAGGGUGCUCCAGCCAGCAAUAACAACAGCGCAGUAUCCGGCAGCAGUGCGGGCAAUGCCUUUGGCAGCCAUACGCCGCUCGUCAAUGGCAUCGAUGCCAUGUCCAUGUACAACAGUGCGACGCAGCAGCAGCAGCAACAGCAGCAGACCACGCCCACUCACCCACAGCGAACGCCCAACAGUCAAUACAAUGGCGGCAUCUAUCCACAGCUGGCGGCUAUCAUUCAACAGCAACAGCAGCAGCAGCAGCAGGUGGUGCAGGCAACGCUUGCCGAGCCGAGCGCCCAGACCUUGUUCGGGAACAGCUCACAGCCCAAUACGCCCUAUGUGAGCACGCCCUAUGCCACGCCCAAUCUGACGCUGACCACUACGCCCAAUCAUCAGUAUCCAGUGGAUGGCAAUCUAACGCCUUAUCCGCUGCUGAGCAGCUGUGCAGAGCAGUUGCCCGCGAUGAUGCAGCAGCAGCAGCAGCAGCAGUCGGUGGAGCAGGUGCAGCCAGUGCAGGUGCCGCUGCCGGUGACUGUGCCCGUGGCGGUGCCUGUGCCCGUGGCGGUGCCUGUGCCCGUGCCCGUAACCGUGCCUGUGGCGGUGCCCAUAGCUGUGCCCGUCGCUCCACCCCUGCCGCCGCUGCCCCUGCCCAGCAAGGAGAGCAUCUCGCCCACCAAGCGAGGCAGCAACAAUUCCGCCAAGCAACAGCAGCAGCAGCAGAAGCAACAGCAGCAGCUCCAGCACAAAUCGCCGCAGCUGCCGCAGGGCAAGUCGCCUGGCAAAUCGCCCAGGCAACCUGUCGCGCUCCAUCCGCCGCCCACGCCGCCGGCGCCCAUAGCCACGCCCACGCCGACAGUCACGCCCGCGCCGGCAGUGCCGAAAUACGAUCCGCUGACGCACACGCUGACAGGCAAGCCGCGUCAGCGGGCGCCGCGUGGCAGUGGCUCGCAGACGGGCACGCGCGGUCGAGGACGCGGCCGUGGCCGUGGCCGAGGAGGCAAUGCAGCCAACACCAUUCUCCCGCUGCCGCCUGCCAUUGCCGACUACGGCCGGAACACGCACAUCGUGAGCAACCUGGUGGGCACGCCCUACGAGUUCAACAACUACGAUGACGAGCUGAGCGGGCCCGGCGUGGAGAACUUGCAGUCGUUGCGCGAUCGCCGACGCAGCUUCGAGCUGCGCACGCCGAAUGCGGGCGCAGCCGGCGGUGCAGCGGCGCCGAGCAACACCACCAGCUACUCGAGCUGCAAGCUGCGUGGCCAGAACAAGGCGAAUAAUCCCCUGCUGCAUGCGAUUGUGCAGCCCGUGCUGCCCGGCCCAGUGGAUAUGCGCACCUACAAUCUUGGCUUCGAGGCACCGCACAGCACCGCCUCCCAGGAAGCCUACCAGAACAAUCUCCUGGGCGCCUUCGACUCGGGCACUGCGGAUCAGACGCUGAGCGAAUUCGACGAGGAGGACGAGCGACAGUUUCAGUCGGCAUUGCGCGCCACUGGAACCACCAGCAGCAGCAGCACCACCACCGCCAAUAAUAAUAACAGCAGCAGCAAUAACACCUCGCCCAAUAAACCACCAAGUGGAGCCACUGCUGCGAGUGGUGCAGCUCCUAGCAGCCUGUUGAGCAGCGCAUUGCAAUCCAGUGAAGCGAAUCAAGCCCCGCCCACUAACCAGCUCGUCUCCGAGCUGGUGGUGCCUGCACUGGAAGCCUCACUGGAGGCCACGUCGGAGGAAAUAUCCAUCGACUCAGACACCACCACGCUAACCACCAAGGCUGCCCUGAACCAACUGAAGCUUAAGAUCAAGGAGCCGCUCGCCUAUCCGGAUCUGCACUACAGCAGCGUCACGAACAGCAGCUGUCUGUCCAGCAGUGGCAGCCUGGUGCAGGCGAAUGUGGUGCAAACCACCGUCACAGCACAGCUGAGCGGCGCCACUGUGGCCAGCACCUCGGCGGCUUGCACGCUGAGCGUGAGCGGAAACUCGCGACGCAUGCGAAAGAAGGAGCUGCUCAGUCUGUAUGUGGUGCAGAAGGAUACGCUGAACGACGACAGCUCUUGUGGCUUGCCCGCUGCCUCGGACAGCCAGCCGCUGGAGAACAUGCGCAAGUCGGAUGCCAGCGAGCUGGACGACGAGCAGCAGCAGCAGCAACAGCAGCAGCUGCCGGCAGGCGGCGGCACCACCAAGCGCUUCAAGAAGACCGCCAGCAACAGGGAGCUGCGUGCCCUCGAUGCGAAUGCCUGCCUCGAGGAGCAGCUGCCGGCGGGUGGUGCAGCUGGAGCGCAGCCGUCGGGAGAUGGCCGGCGGCGCAGCGCCUGCAGUUCGGGCAGCGCGGACAAUGGCAAAACGGGGGCGGCGAGCAGUGCUGGCAAGCGACGUGGACGUAGCAAGACGCUGGAGAGCAGCGAGGAUGACCACCAGGCGCCCAAGUUGAAGAUCAAGAUUCGCGGACUGCCAGCCACAAAUGAGACGAAUGCCGGGCUGUCGGUCAGCGGCUUGGAUGGCAGCAGCAGCAGCUACAGCUACGAGAUGACGCGACGGGCCUGUCCGCCCAAGAAGCGGCUCACGAGCAACUACAGCACCCCGACGCUGGAGGAGAUCAAGCGCGACUCGAUGAACUAUCGCAAGAAGGUAAUGCAGGACUUUGACAAGGGCGAGGACAACAACAAACGGGAGCUGGCGGGCGACAAUGAGACGCUGCUGGCCAAGCCGAAGAAGGACAAGAAGGACAAGCCGAAGAAGGACAAAAAGGAGAAGAAGCGCCUCAAGCAGCAGCAGCAGCAGCAGCAACAGUUGCUGCAGUUCAGCAACAACAACAGCACCACCACCACCCUGACGACCAUGACCACCACGCUGAUUGAGAACACGGUCAGCGACUCGCCUGGCGAGAAGCCAAAGCUCAUAUUGCGAAUCAACAAGCGCAAGGCGGAGACAACGACCACCACGAAAAUCAACGCGGAGCAACAGGCGCAGCAAGAGCAGCCGCAGCCGCAGCCGCAGCAGCAGCAAAUGGAGGCUCCGCUGCGCCUGAAGAUCGCGCGUAUUUCAGCUGGAGGCGCCUAUGUCAUCGGUGCCAAGACGGACAACAAGGAGCCAACGCCAGCGCCAUCCGUUUCCCCGGCGGCGCCCGCCGAGCUGCCGCUGUUGCCACUGGUCGGUGUCGGUGUAUCGCCAUCGCUCACCAACAACAAUAGCAGCUUCACGCCUCACUCCCAGAACGCGAAUGCCUCGCCUGCACUGCUGGGCAAGGAUACGAGCACGCCCUCGCCGCCCUGCCUGGUCAUCGACAGCAGCAAGAGUGCGGAUGUGCAUGACUCCACCUCGUUGCCAGAGAGCAGCGGUGCAACGGCUGCCUCGGUCGUCAGUGGUGCUGGUGGAGGCGUGGCUGGUGCUGAUGUUGUUGGUGUCGGUGUUGGACCCACCUCGCCGCUGUGCGUCAAUGUGGGCAACUAUGAUAAUAGCAACAAUUCGUUGCCGUCGGCCAGUGGCUCUGGCUCCGGGUCCGGGUCCGGGUCCGCGUCCAGCAAUUCCUGCAACAGCAAUUCGAACAACAACAACAACAAUAACAAUAAUAAUAACAACAACAAUAACAACGGCAACAACAGCAACGGCAGCCGCACAGGCGGUUUACUUCCACUGAAAAAAGACUGUGAGGUUAGAUGAUAAUCAUAAAGCCAGCGUUCGACCAAGCUAUAUAUGUAUAUGAAACACACAUAUAUAUAUAUAUGUAGAUCCGACUAUAUACAUACAUAUAUAUAGGGA